AUGAUUACGCAUCAAACUAUCAAGCUUGCUGAAGUAGUAACAAGAAAACACAGAGAAAAUGAGCAUAAUCGACUUACUGACCAAAGUGGCUCCGGCGACUCUUCGAAGGAGGCGGAGACAGAGAGAAAUCCAGUGAAUCUCGAGUAUUCAGGUUAUGUUCUGCAAGUCAAUUUUCGUGUCUGCAUCAGUAAUGGUUUUAGAAUGAUUUCAGGCAUGGAUUUCAUGGGGCAAAGGUCAGGUGAUGAGGUUAAUCAAAGGAAUUUUGCUGCAAGGUUUCUUGUAAGUGAAGAAGAAUUUGGAAGAAUUGUAAGAACAUGGAGACAAAUGGAGUUAAAUCAAUGA